AUUAAAGCAAAAUAAAUAUUCAAGAUGGCGCUCAAGAAAGCUGUCAACGAUAAGAUUAUGCAAGAUGUGAUUCAGUCUGCAAAGAAAGAUGGUGAGUGGAGAGUGCUGAUUGUGGAUCAGCUGAGUAUGAGGAUGAUUUCCUCCUGCUGUAAGAUGCACGAGAUCAUGUCCGAGGGAAUAACAUUGGUAGAGAACAUCAACAAGCGUCGAGAGCCAUUACCUAGACUUGAGUCUAUUUACCUCAUAACACCAACUGAGAAGUCGAUACGGGCGCUCAUGCAAGACUUCUGGAACCCUAACAAUGUGCAGUACAAGUGUGCACAUGUUUACUUCACUGAGGCAUGUCCAGAUGAGCUAUUUAAUGAACUCUGCAAGAGCACCAGUGCUAAGUUCAUCAAGACUUUGAAAGAAAUCAACAUUGCUUUCCUUCCAUACGAGAGCCAGGUGUACUCACUGGAUUCCCAGGAAACAUUCCAGUUCUACUACAACCCUACCCGAGCAUCCGGGCGCACCAUCAACCUGGAGAGAUGUGCCGAACAGAUAGCCACACUAUGUGCUACACUCGGGGAGUAUCCAGCGGUCCGAUACAGAUGUGAGUAUGACAGGAAUGCAGAGUUUGCCCAGCUGGUACAACAGAAGCUGGAUGCUUACCGGGCUGAUGACCACACAAUGGGAGAGGGACCACAGAAGGACAGGUCCCAACUUGUGAUCAUUGACCGCGGGUUUGACCCUAUCUCCCCACUGCUCCAUGAGUUGACCCUACAGGCCAUGGCGUAUGACCUGUUACCUAUAGAGAAUGAUGUAUACAAGUAUGAGAACACAUCUGGCAAUGAAGUGAACGAGAAAGAAGUUCUGUUGGAUGAAAAUGAUGAGCUGUGGUCGGAGUUAAAACACCAACACAUUGCUAUUGUGUCUACACAAGUAACCAAGCAACUAAAACACUUUGCUGAUUCAAAGAGGAUGACAUCUAGCCAGAAAGCCAACCUACGGGACCUCUCCCAGAUGGUGAAACAGAUGCCACAGUACCAAAAGGAGCUGAACAAAUAUGCUACACAGCUCCACCUGGCUGAAGACUGUAUGAAGGUGUUCCAGCGACACGUUGAUAAGCUUUGUAAAGUAGAACAGGACCUGGCCAUGGGUACAGAUGCCGAGGGGGAGAAGAUAAAGGACCACAUGCGCAACAUCGUCCCCAUUCUGCUGGACCAAAAUAUCACCGCGUACGACAAAAUACGCAUAAUACUGCUCUACAUUAUCCAUAAAGGGGGCAUUUCCGAGGAGAACUUGGCCAAGCUUGUACAACAUGCCCAGAUUCCGGUGGAAGAGAAGUUCAUUAUUAACAACAUGCAAAACCUUGGAGUACCCAUUAUCUCUGAUAGUGACAAAGGAGGUAAAGUUAAUUUAGGUCUUAUCCCGGACACGUACGGUACGUUUCCAGCCAGUGUUGCCCAGGUUUUCGAUGAGAGCGGUAAGAAAAAGUCAGCCCAGCCAUAUCAUCAGUAUAACAGGAAGGAGCGCACGUCUGAACACACGUACCAGAUGUCACGAUGGACGCCGUAUAUUAAGGACAUUAUGGAGGAAGCUGUAGAUGAGAAGUUGAGCACACGUCAGUAUCCGUUUCUGUCUGGUGGGGCAGCUCCAAGGACAGGCUACAGACCACCAAUUAGCGCCAAGUCAACGGGUUCCGCAAGUGCAAGAUAUGGCCACUGGCACAAGGACAAGGGUCAGGCUAACUACAAGAGUGGACCAAGGCUGAUUAUCUUCAUCAUCGGUGGUACCUGCUACUCCGAGCUCAGAUGUGCUUAUGAAGUCACACAGGCAGUGAAGAAUUGGGAGGUUCUGAUUGGGUCCACCCAUAUAUUAUCUCCGGAGGGCUUCUUGGGUGACUUACGAGAGCUGAGCAGUUAAACUCUUCAUGAGUGAAAGAGGAUACCAACAUAACACUGAACUAUGCUACUACACAAGACAUAUGGUCAUGUCAUACUAUGUGUUGUUAUAAUUAUGUAGAAGUGUAUUGCCGUAGAACCAAGUCUUUAACAGGCAUAUGUAAAAACACAGGAGCAUUUUAAAGGGAGAAAAAUGUGACAAGAAGACUCUUAUUUAUUCAGAAUGUAUGCAAGAUUUUUGUAAAUUUGUUGACUGUUUAAAGAAGGAAGUGUGUAAACCAUUUUAUAUUGCAAGAUUAUAUGGCCGUUGUUUACUCUUGUCAUUUUAAACGUAGAAAUAGUCAGAAGUUUGAAUAUUGUCUCAUACAUUGCUACAUAACUUUUGUCUAAUAAAUGACAUCUGACAUAACUUAAUUAAUGCUGCUUGUCUCCUUUUCCAGCUUAUGUUUGUCACUUCUUACCUAUUGAGUUCUAGUUUGUCACUUCUUACCUAUUGAGUUCUAGUUUGUCACUUCUUACCUAUUGAGUUCUAGUUUGUCACUUCUUACCUAUUGAGUUCUAGUUUGUCACUUCUUACCUAUUGAGUUCUAGUUUGUCACUUCUUACCUAUUGAGUUCUAGUUUGUCACUUCUUACCUAUUGAGUUCUAGUUUGUCACUUCUUACCUAUUGAGUUCUAGUUUGUCACUUCUUACCUAUUGAGUUCUAGUUUGUCACUACUUCUGGAGAACUUGAUAGCAGCUUGCAUUUGUAUAUGUAGUUAUUCCAUUCUUACACUAGGGUGACAAGUUAUAACACUAUGGUGACGAGUUUUGGGUUACACACAAAUUUGAUCAAUGUUUCUUUUUAAAGUCUUGUGAAAGUCCCAGGUUAGUUUUCUUAUCAAACUUUCUUGAGUGCAAAGAAAUAUUUCAAAAGAUUUGUUGAAUUUCAGUGUCUGUUAAUUGGAUUUCUGUUGCAUUGGCUUUAAAGGAAGUGUUUUUUAUCAGGUGUUGAUGUGUGUUCUUAUAAAAUUAUCUUAAUAUCUUUCAUUAUGUAUGACCAAAGUUUUUGCAAAUGUCUAGAACUGUGUUAUUAUGGUUAUUGAAAGGGACCAAUUUGUUUAUAAAUCUUAUUGAAUGUAUACAAUAUACUAGUAGGAAAGUUGUAUAAGUAGUCAUCAAUUGUCACUAACAUUUACUGUUGAUAUAUCAUAAGCAUAUGUACAAACAUUUGUUGUUUUUUAUUUUAAUGUUUUUUUAUGUAAAGUGUAUUUUCCAAUGAUAAUUAUCACUGUUAGUCUUUUUGUUAUUUAUGUGUAGAAGUGUAUGAAGUUGUUUUUGUAGAAUUGUUAUACAUGUGCAGUAGGUCAUAUAUUAUUAUAAUGACUGGAGUUUGAAAGUUGAUGUACUUACAUAUUGUAUUUUGAAACUGUCUUUGUCAAUGUAUAUCUUGUACAAGUCCUAUUAAGCCUAUUUAUAGCAACUCUCAUUAUCGUGGCUGUUACAAAGCAGUGUUUUAGUGUGUGAAUGAUUAUUUCAGUGAUAUUCUAUGCAUUUAUUCAUAUUCAUUUUUAUGCCAGGGACAUAAGAGCAAUGUAUAAAAUAUUUAGCCAUCAUCUCGAAGACCUGUUAAAACAUAUUCUGAAUUAAGGAAGUUACAUAGCAGUAUGAGAUAUGACAUUAUAUUCAAAUCGAUUCAAGAUGCAAUAUAAAAAGAAGAAACCCUUUAAAUUGAAUGACACUUGCAUAUGCAUAAACUGCCAAUAUGGAAAUAUUUGUCUCAGAAGCCAGAAAGCCAACUCCAGUAUACAAGUCCAUCAUAUGAGUGAGUGUAGAACAGAUAAACAGAUGUGCUUAUUCAGGGGUGAGAAAGGGUCAGAGAAAAUUAACUUAAUGUGGAGGGUAGAGCUAGGCCUGGGGUUCUGGAAAGCCCCUUGCUGGGGGACCUGGGAAGCCCCUUGAUGGGAGUCAUAGGAAGCCCCUUGCUGGGGGUCACUUAGUGAAGCCCCUUGUAGCUCCUUGAUUUUAGCAUUUUAAUCUGUUAUACACUCAUUGAUAUGUCUUUAGAAGUACAUGAAGUCCUUCUAUUAACAAUGUUAUUACUAGCUGUUUACAAUAUGUAUCUGAUAUUUUGGUGUGGCUUUAAUGUAUGUACUUUACACAUCACCGUCAUAAUACAUGUGAUCAGAAGUACAUAUGUAGUUGAAGAGUUAUGCCCCAACAGCACCUAGAUAUCAGCUUAUAUCCAUGUAGCUUACUUAAACUUAAUUAUAUCUCUAAGUUAACCUUAAAACUAUGUCCAGGUAGGAAAAUAGAGACGAUAAAGUGAUCUUAACAAUUGUUGCAACAAUAUUUUAGUUGAUUAAACAAUGAUAUCCUUAAUGUAUUCCUACUGAUGUGUGUUUCUAUGGAUAGUUAGUGCUUAUGUAAAUCUGAUUGUGAAAUGUUAACCUUUCUCGUAGGGAGUGUGCAAUAUGUAUAGUUUUUCACUGUCAAGUUUUUGACAAAGUUUACUAAAUGUUACUCCAGACCAGUUGCAGGCUUGGCAACAUACCCGUUAGUUAUGCACUCGCUUUUAGGCACUUUCUCAAGUAAUAACUGUACUUAAAAGUAUAAUUGUAUAUUUUGAUUUAAAGGGAAUCUCUCAUAGAUAUGCAAAUAAUGUAUCAACGUUUGGCGAAAUGUUUCCCAGGCCCCAAUGACAGUAUUGCAAAUAGUCUAAAUUUCUAUCAAAUUACUGUUCCCAAAUCUUGUCCUUGUUUUUUUCCAUUCUGUUUCUAGUGCAAUUUGGAUUAAAAACUGGCCAAUCUACAUUCAUUCAUCAACCCUAUCACAGGACAACACUGCAGGUUUUCCUGAUAAAUUUAAAACAUGCUUCCAAGUAGUGCUGAUGAUGCCUACUGCAAUAUUGGUAUAUUUUGGCUUCGAUCAGCUUAGGUCAGAAAAAAAGUGUUUUAUUGUUGAUAUAAUGGAUACCACUUUUUGUGCAAAUCUAUGAGAGUCCUUUUUAGUCUAAAAAAGAAGCAUGAAUAAGUCCAUAACAUGACUUCUAUUUAAAAUGUAUUUCUCAUCUUAUUAUCCAUAUCUAAAUCCCAAUGAUUUUAUGUUGGCUAUGUACGAGUUGUAUACAGAGACCAAUUUUUGUAACCAUCCAGGUAGCUGUACAGUUUCAUUCAAACUGGCCAACAACUGUUUUCUACUCAUAGUCUAUUAGUUCCAUUUAUCUUGAGUAGUGCUUAAAAGGAAGAUGACUGAUAUUAAGAACAUGGCAUUAGAACAAUUUAAGGUGUAGUCUUCUGGAUGGUUUUUCCAAUAUAAUAGUGUUUAUAUAUUGGUCUUACACAAUAAUAUUAUUAUGUUUAAACCAGAUGUAUCCCGACAUGUUCUUACAACGUUUAUUAUGCUUGUUUAUUCACCUUAAUAAAUUUUACAAAAAAUC